UUCACUGAAUAUUACUGUGCAAAAACUCGAAAAGGGAAAAUUACAAUUUUACGUACAUUAAACGGUUCAAUCGCUUCUAAAUUUCUCUUUUAUUAUUCAGAAUGCAAUGACGUUGAUAGAACGUAUUGACAAAGUGGACGAAAUUUUCAAGGAACUAGGAAUUGAUAUCGAGUAUCGCAGUUUGUUUCGUCACACGAUGAUCGUCGGAUCCCUCUGGUUAUUAAAUGCGGUCAUAAUAUUUGCACUUUUCAUAAAGAUGUUAAUACAACACUCCGCACUGUAUACCACAACAUUUCUUAUAUUCAUUUACUGCUACUUUACGAACGCCCAAUCAAUCGUUUUAUACGACUACAACACCGCCGUAUAUUGGCUAGGAUCCCGAUUUAAAAAUAUAAACCAGCUCAUGAAAACGUCUAUCUUGAAGAAUUCUCAAGUAAAAACAGAGGAUUCCGAUACGGAAAGCAUCUUCGAACCGAGUCAUAAUUUUCGAAACACAUUCGAAUUGGACAAUUGGUUGCCCCAACGAACUGUAAAAGUUUUACAAGUAAAUUCCACUAACAACACUCGGAAAUUAAAACAACGGUCACUGUCCGAUGAUAAAAUUCGUUUACUUCAACGAAUCAGAUUCGUGCAUCUGCAAGUGUGCAACGUAUCGAAGAUGGUGAACCAAAUAUUCAACGCCCAAAUAUUAAUAUACACGACCGUGAUACUACUAAAUUGUAGUAUAUCUAUCUACUUCUUGUACAUGCAAUUCUCCAGACCAUCUAAUAGUAUACAUUCGAUAGAAUUAAUAAUGAUGUACGUGUUGAACUGCGUCCUUGCUGCACUGAAAAUCCCUCUAAUGAGCUACGAUUGCGAAAAUACAACGAGACAGGCUAACAAAACGAUAGGACUCCUCCACGCAUGUCCUGUGGACGAGGGAAACGCAGAAUUAAUAGAUGAGAUACUCCAAUUCUCUUGGCAAAUAUCGUACACGCAACUAGAAAGAACAAAAUCAGUUGAUUAUAUAUUAAACUAUGGAUUCGUUCGUUACUGUCUCAACUUCGUAGUUUCUAAUCUGGUGAUUAUGGUACAAUGGAGCCAGCACUUGAUAAAGAACGACCCAAUGAUAAUCACAAACAAAACCACCACCUUUCAAACGUUACAAGAGAAUACGAGCAUAGUAGUACAGUAAUACACCUUUGGAUACUUUUCGAUAGCGUCUUGGUAUGGAAUUAUAAAAACCACACAUAAAAACUGUAAUUAAACAUUAAUAAACUGCACCCUUAAAUAAGACUUCUUUCGCACAAUCACCUUAGGAUCUUCAAUCGCUAAAGGUAUGUUGAGAUACCAGGUACAAGACACACCGUGACAAAAUGUAAUCAAAAGAUUCUUUGUCCUUCGUCAUUUCAAGAUAUAAUGGUACAUAAAGAUUGAAAAUUUUUGGAUGCUUUUAUUUCGCUAUGUCGUUUCGAGAACAUAAUUUAUUAAAAUAUGCCCGAAGUAAAUUAUUUCUUGGCACCAGCCAGUUAAUAUCUUCCUAUAUGAAAUAACGAGAAAAGUGUUUGUAUAUCAAAAAGUAUAUGUUAGCCAACAAAAUUAAUGA